AUGGGAGGAAGUUCGAAUGAGGUUUACACCAUUGUCUUACUUGGAAAGACGGGCAACGGGAAAAGCUCGACUGGGAAUAGUAUAAUUGGGACAAAGGCAUUUAUGUCCAAUGCUAAAUUUGGUGGCGGCACCACCGCUUGUGAGCUACAAACGGUCAAGCUGGAAAAUGGGCGAAUUCUUAAUAUUAUCGACACUCCCGGGCUGUGUGGCAUUUCUGGUGGAGAUGGGAAAAUCGAGAAGGAAGUCGUGAAAUGCAUUAAUAUGGCAAAAGAUGGUAUCGAUGCUGCUGUUCUUGUCCUUUCGGCAAGGUUCCGUUUUUCGCAAGAAGAAAAAUAUGCUAUCGAGAGCUUGUUCGAAAUGUUCGGUGGUAAAAUUACUGAUUACAUGAUUUUACUUUUUACCGUUGGUGAUGACCUGGCGGAGAAUGAAGAGACUCUGGAUGAAUACUUGGGUCGUGAUUGUCCCGAGCCCUUGAAGGAAGUACUCGAAAAGUGUGGAAAUAGAUGCGUUCUGUUUGAUAACCGAACAAAAGAUGAGUGCAAAAGACGAAAGCAACUUGAGGAACUUCUCGUUCGAGUUGAUGAGGUCAUGCGAAAAAAUGGCAGGAAAACUUAUACUAAGGAGAUGUCUGUCGAACUCAAGGCGAGUGCUUUUUUUCAGUUUGAUUAUGCAUUUGCUCUCUGCUUCUUCAUAGAAAUUUCUUUGUUGUUUGUUGUUAAACAGAAGGAAAUGAAUCUGCGUACUAAUCGUGUACCUGCUGAUGCAAAUUCAUUUAAACAUGAGGAGCAAUCAGCAAUUAUGAUGUAUCAAGAGCAGCUUAUGAGAAUGACUAAUAUGAUCGAGUUGUCAAAUAUGACUGAGGUGAUUCGUAAGCUCGAGCAGCAAUUGGCCGAGGAGCGUGAGGCUCGGCUUAAGGCAGAGACUGCAGCUAAAGAUGCUUACAACCGGUCGACCGAAGAACGUCGCGAAAUGAGUGAUGCUUUGCAGAAAGCUGAUAGACUGCUUGAAAAGAUUAGGACCGAAGCAAGAAAAAACAACACCUGCCCUAUUUUUUUGAAAAAAAAAAUGGGAGGAGAUGAUGCAAUUUACUUAGAUUGGGAGUUCCCAGCAACUCGAAAUGAGACUCGAACAAUUGUUUUAGUCGGCAAAACCGGCAAUGGAAAAAGCUCGACUGGAAACACCUUAUUGGGGAGAAAGGCAUUUUCUUCCAAGACUAGUUCAGGCAGUGUUACUGCCACGUGUCAGCUUCAGACAACCGUGCUCGAAAAUGGGUCUAUACUUAAUGUUAUAGACACUCCUGGAUUAUUUGAUUUUUCGGGUGGAGAAGAUGAAGUUGGGAAGGAAAUUGUGAAAUGCAUCGACAUGGCGAAUAAUGGUAUCCAUGCUGUCCUGUUUGUCCUGUCAGUUAGGUCUCGUUUUUCGCGAGAGGAGAAAGCUGCUAUUGAGAGCAUGAUUGAAAUCUUCGGUGCAAAAAUUACCGAUUACAUGAUUUUAGUUUUUACCGGUGGUGAUGACCUGGCAGAGAAUGAAGAGACUCUCGAUGAUUACUUGGGUCACCAUUGUCCUGAGCCUUUGAAGAAGGAAGCAGAAAAAAUGCGUGUGCAAGAAGCCGCUGAAGGCUCAUCCAAACUUCAGGAGCAAAUUAAGAUAUAUGAAGAGAAGAUUAAGCAAAUGGCAGAUAUGAUUGAGUUGAAACUCAGAAAGGCGACUGAGAAGCUCGUGCAGCAACUGGCUGAGGAGCACGCGGCUCGUCUCAAGGCAGAAGAAGAUGCUAAAGCCUCUCGUAAUCGUUUGACUGAAGAAAUUCGUAAGAUGAAGGAAGAUUUGCAUAAUGCUGAAAGAGAGAUAGGUGAGAGGAUAGAAGCAGCAAAAUUUCGAUGCAUUAUUAUGUGA